AUGCUUUGGGAUGUUGAUUUCGAGUAUGUUCUGGCUCUAGGUUGCUGUACUAGUUGCGCCGUGCGUGUCAAAUCUGGAGACCUGAGGCAGCCACAAGCGUUGGGGAUAUCAGCAGAACUCAAGUCCCAGGGGUAUGCACUUCUUUGUGUGGGUUUCCCUACGUCUGACCUUGAAGUAGAGACACAAGACGAGGACGAGGAAAGAGAUGAUUACGCCCUUGAACUCGCCAUGGGAGACGAGUAG